GCCUGCAGGCAGCGCAGAAACUUAUGUAACCCGCUGCGUACAUCCCAUGCUGCUGCUGCUGCAAUGUGCGGCAUAUGGGGCAGGGAUGUUGUACAGGCAGGGCUCAGGCUCAGGCUGGAGUAAAACUACUAAUGUGGAAUCUUGUGCAACAAGAGUUGGUGGGCUUGCAGGAUUAAUACUUUCACAAUUAUUUCAGUGGUUUCAUGGGCUCCAUGACUGGCAUCCCUAUCCCUAAAUAAGCCAUGAAACGAACACGGCUCCUGAGCAGCAGUGAAGAUUCUGAUAACAACGACAGUCUCUCUACAUCAUGGUCUCAGCAUUCAAGAUCCCGUCCAAGUGGAAGUUUGAGGCAUGAAGACAGGAAGCCAUCUGAGGUGUUCAGAACAGAUCUGAUCACAGCAAUGAAACUGCAUGAUUCCUACCAGCUAAACCCUGAGGAUUUUUAUGUGCUGGCUGACCCAUGGCGCCAGGAGUGGGAAAAGGGGGUACAGGUACCUGUGAACCCAGAGUUUAUUCCUGAGACGGUUGCCAGGGAAAUAGCUGAAAAAGAUAAAGUAGUCACCUUCACUAGACCUCGUAAAUAUAUCCGGUCAUCUGGAUCAGAGCCUCCAGAGUUGGGAUAUGUUGACAUCCAAACUCUUGCAGAUGCUGUAUGUCGUUAUGACUUGGAUGAGAUGGAUGUUGCCUGGUUGGAGCUAAUUAAUGAAGAAUUCAAAGAAAUGGGCAUGCAACAACUAGACGAGUACAGUAUGGAACGAGUUUUGGAGGAAUUUGAGAAGAAGUGUUAUGACAAAAUGAACCAUGCAAUUGAGACUGAAGAAGGUCUGGGCAUAGAGUAUGAUGAGGAUGUUGUAUGUGACGUGUGCCAGUCUCCGGAUGGAGAAGAUGGCAAUGAAAUGGUUUUCUGUGACAAAUGUAACAUUUGUGUACACCAGGCAUGCUAUGGAAUAUUGAAAGUACCUGAAGGAAGUUGGCUUUGUCGUACAUGUGCCUUGGGGGUACAGCCAAAAUGUUUGCUGUGUCCAAAGAAAGGUGGAGCCAUGAAGCCAACACGUAGUGGCACAAAAUGGGUUCAUGUCAGUUGUGCUCUUUGGAUUCCAGAGGUGAGCAUUGGCAGCCCAGAAAAGAUGGAACCCAUUACUAAAGUGUCUCACAUACCAAGCAGCCGUUGGGCAUUGUUUUGUAGCUUGUGCAAUGAGAAACUUGGGGCCUGCAUACAGUGUUCCAUUAAGAACUGCCGUACAGCAUUUCAUGUCACAUGUGCCUUUGAUCAUGGCUUGGAGAUGAAGACAAUUCUUACUGAAGAAGAUGAAGUAAAGUUCAAAUCAUACUGCCCAAAGCACGGCUCUACCAAGAAGCCAGAAAAUAGCCAUUUCUGCAAAAGUGUAAAUGAUGGUAAAGGCACAUGUGGAGCCUCCCCAACUUGCUUGGAUGGUCUACGCUUAUUGGAUGUCUCACAGCAGGAUGCCAAACAUGGAAGCCAGCGGAAAUUUAAGCUUCAGCAACUUGAAGAUGAGUUUCAUACAUUUGUUGAUGUACAAGAAAUAAGUCAGGCCCUGAAAAUUCCUCUUGAUAUGACUGAAUAUAUUUACCAGUACUGGAAGCUGAGGAGGAAAGCCAACUUUAAUGAACCACUCAUCACUCCAAAAAAGGAUGAGGAAGAUAACUUGGCAAAGAAAGAACAAGACGUUCUGAUCCGUAGACUACAGCUCUUCACUCAUCUCCGCCAAGAUUUGGAAAGGGUACGUAAUCUUACAUACAUGGUGACCAGAAGGGAAAAGAUGAAGCGCUCAGUUUGUAGAGUUCAAGAGCAAAUAUUUAACCUUUAUGCAAAGAUAUCUGAGCAGGAGAAAAAUCUGGGGUUUCCACUGGAGAGUGUGUUGCUUUUCAACACCCAGCCAUCAGACCCAGAUGCUCCAAAGAUAGAAGACUUGAAGUGGCACUCUGCUUUCUUUAGAAAGCAGCUAGGCUCCACACUGGGCUGCUCAAUGAAGGAUUCUCACAAAAAGAGUAGAGUGAGAAUCAUGGGGAAAUCACUAGACACAGAGAUCCUCUUACCAGAGAGAAAGAAGGAAGGUCAGACUUCGGAUGUUUCCUUUUCAUUUGAAAAGACGGUUGCAAAGAUUAGACCUGUGCAGCAGAAAAAUGGAGCGAGUAUGCCGGAGCAUAGGAAAAGGCGUGACAGCCGUGCUCAGGGUGACCCUGCUAAGUUUAGUUUAAAAGAAAAGCCUCCCAGACAGCAGCAUAGACCUGCAAAGCCUGCGGAACCCCCUGAGAGACCUGCUGAAAAUAAAAGGGUCCUAAGUCAGUGUGGAAGCAAAACUGCAACAACGUCAGCCAAUAAAAAGCAGUGUAGCAGCAGCUUGCCUAGGUACAGUGGCUCGCUCAUCAAAUUACACUGUAAACAGUCUUCAGUUAAAGUGCCUACAAGUCCUGUUAAAAACUGGGGGGGAUUCAGAAUUCCAAAGAAGGGGGAGAGACAGCAGCAGCCUGGAAAUAUGGAAACUUGUCAGCCAAACUUAAACUGCCAGUUCUUGGGACAGGUCUCCAAAAAAGAAAGGACAAAGGAGAAACACAAGCUGUACAGUGAGAACGAUGGAUAUACUCCAGAUGCAGAGAUGAGUGACUCUGAAUCAGAACCCACAGACAAGUGCCGGCUUCAGAGACUAGCAUCGAGCAGCACCAUAAGUAGAGGAUACGAGACAGACUUUAUUAGGAGAAGCAUCCUAGCAUCUUGACUGGACCAUCAGCACUGUAGCCAGGAAUGGGAGUGACUGCAGAUAAAUCCGCUAUUUUUUGUACACAAAACAAUGGGAGAGUAAAAUCUGUGAACUGAUAGCUCAAAAGCCAGCUACUCCCUUGCUGUUCCAGCUUAAUUGCACUUGAAAGAGUUUUUGUUUUUUUUACCCUCAAUAUUUCUUCAUUUCAUUGAACAAUUGUUGUUCAUGUAGUGGUCUUAAUGCGGCACUCUGAAAGUGUCCAUGUUCUAGGUUUACAAGAGGGAAUAAUCUGCACUGAUAGUGCUUUCAUUGGUCCCUUGAAAGCACAAGAUAUUCUUUUUGAGAUGAUAAACAAAAGUUGGUUUUGGGUACACCAUCUUGCACACAUGUCCCAGCACAUUUCCUUGCACUGUGACUUGCCCUUUAUUCGGCAUGAACUCCUGAUAAUGAUGAAUUCCACCCCUGAGUAAAAAAGUAUUUUUCUUUUCGUUUCUGCCCCUUUAGUGAAAAUGAUGCACUCCCUAUCUACAUUUGUGGUUGUGGGAAGAUCUACAUAUCUUUUACUUUGGGGGACUGUACAUAUAGAUUGAUUCGAUCUGUGUACUGCACCGCUUUUUCUACUUUGUCUCCAUUUAAAAGUGAGUCCUUAUUGAUGCAGAUGAUCAUAAAACACAAAUUACUGCUGUGCCAGAUUGCAAAUGAGUUAUACUGGUUAGCAGCCUGGUACAAAUUAAGCAUGUUUAACUAUGGAUAAACACUGCAUGACAGUCAUUUGUAGGGGUCCUGGUCCUGUCCACACGCUUAAAAGUCCGGAAUACGCUUAGUAACAGGCACAACAGUCCUUGUAUAUAAUAUACAUAGAACAGUACAGGUGGUAUUUUCUCAGUAUGUUCAGUACUGAGCUCCUUUGCAGAAUGUGCAUUCCAGUUCCAGCUUUACAUGCUGAGAGUUCAUUGCUGUCAGCAAUAAUAGUGUCAUAAUUGCAUCCCUGCGUUCUUCAGAAAGUCGAUCCCACUCUGUUUUGUUUACAGGUUUUGGGUAAAGUAUAAUAAGCUAUUGCUUAAUUAAAAGAUUAAAGAGUUAAGCAGCUUGCUUGAUUCUUUACUCAUACUACAACACCAGCUGUAGGGUAUUUGGGGGAUGGCCACUGCUCCAGGUAUAAGUGACAGCCCUAUAUUUCCCCCCCCCCCCCCAGUUGAUUUUAUAGCACAUAUUUCAUCCCCCUCUCUGUCCUUUCUGUGACAUUAUUAGGCAUAUCUCCCUCUUUACACAGCCCACCUCUUACGUCACCAGUUGGGAUGGGUGUUUAAAUUAAUGACAAAUAUCAUGGCAGGUCCAGGAGGGGUUGGUUAGAUCAGGCACGUCGGGUACAUAUAUAAAUACAUACAAUAUCCACAUAUAUAAAUGUCACGGUAUUAUUUGAUAGUCUUUCUACAAAUUAGCCCUACCCAUGCAAUAUUAAAUAUUACAGCUGUGGAGCUGCCCCUGUAGAUUUGCACAAAUAGCUGUAAUGUGCCAGCCUUGAGAACUUGCACAUACUAAAGGGAAAUAUAGGUGUUUGCUCAACAUGAGUCAAAUGGGGCUGGUGUUGGACAUGCUUUCUGUCUAUUGUUGUAAUGGAAAUAAAUCUAAGGCUCUUAUGUGAUCUGCUUAACAGUGUAGGGAAUUGAAAGCACUUUCUUUCAUUUUACACUGGAUCUCACCUUCUUGGCUAGUCAGAACAAUUGUAGCCCAAACACCCAGUGCCACUUACUGCCUUUUUUGGAAAUAUGGAUUUUCCGAUUUUAGGCAUUUGGACCCACUUCCUGGGCUACUUAAAGUGACAGGUGUCCAUGUGCCAUUGCCUUUAAACACUUUGUAUAACAAACUUCUUUUUCCAUUUAAACAUGAGGCAAAGUCCGAAGCAGGGGAAGGCACAUGCUUGGCGUUAUCAAUUGUAUGUAAGCACAAUAACACAAGUCAGCCUUUAGUACGUUAUAAUAUAAAUAUGGAAUAUUUAAAACUGAAUCUAUAAUAAGAAUAUUUUCAAUACAUUUCCUAUGUAUUUGGCUCACAAGAAGCAUGCCAGUUGCCCCCAUUACAUGGAUAAGCAAAUGUUCAGUCAGGCAGAUUUUUCUCCAUAGCUGACACUUGCUAUUGAGUGCUUCCCAGAUUCAUUGCAUUUAGGUGUUGCACACAGGUACAAUUUUUUCCCCAGAUAUCACUUUCAUUAGCAUUUAUGGGGAGUGAUCUCUCCAUAUUCUUGGAUGUUUCCCAGUUAUUAUGAUAGGAAGAGUUCCUCAAUAAUCCCCACUAGCGGAAUGCUGGGAUGUGCCCUGAGCAGAUUAGAAAAGAUCAAAAUUGGAUAAAUAAUCCUUAAACAAUUAAUUUUUCCUAAUCUCUGCGACAAGGCUUAUUGCCUCAGCAGUUGUGCCUGGGUCACACUAAGCUGUGCUUACUGUACCUUGGGCAACAUCUGCCCAGUCGUGACCUACAGAAGUACAGCAGCCACCUCAAGCCAUCUCGUCUUUCAGCUCAUCUGUCUGUCUAUCUAAUGUAUCUAUAUCUCUUCCAUUCUCACCCUUGCAGCCUGUUAUUUUACUCUAUACAUCAUACAGAAAUAUGAAUAUACUGAAUUAUUUUAAAGCCUUGUCUAUCUUGUGUCUUUCACUUUCUAAUUUCAAUAAUAUUCCAAGUCAAAUGAGUGCUUAACUUUAAAAUAUAUUUUUAUGAGACAGUAAAUACUUUUUGGGUAUGUUACUAUUGUCCAUGCUUGAUAGCGAAACAAUCUUGGAUGGCAGUGUGCAGAGAGAGCAAUAGUUCAGAGUGUUCUGCUCUGCUGCUUCAUUCUGUUUCUGUGGGAAUGGCAUCUAUACCAACACAUAGGGGAAGAUGCACCAAUCCAUUGCUUUUGGUUGUGAUUAAAUACUGAAUCCCAGCCCUCAUUUGCUUAUUUAAAUGUAGGGGGUUGGGAUUUAGUUUAGCUGAAUGCCUAAAGUGGCCAUAUCUGGAAUUUGUCCCAAUGCUUGAUUUGUUCUAUCCCUACUAAAUCUACCUGUCCAUAAUUCUGGUUCUCUGUUCUGAUUUGACAUGUUUAUAGACAGGCUGGGUAUAUAAUGCAGUUACCGUGAAGCUGGAAGGACUCAUUUACCAUUGGCACAAGAACACUAAGCAGUGCAAAACGUUCUAUGCACUUACCUGCUGCACCUGGGGCAGUCACUCCUGUAUCCUGCAAGGGGGGAGCACAAUGCAUAUGGCCAUAUUUAUCUAAUGCCUUCCCUAGGUAGGAAAUAAGCAUGGGGCUCCAUAGCUCCUUGCAGCCCUAGCCACUUUUGCCUGGCCCUCAUGAAUACAGCAGGCAAUUUGUGUUUCACAGGUACAGAUCUUUUCAGAUUCUGGAGUGAGAUGGGCACUUCCUUGCCCUUUGUUUUGCCUAUAUAUAUAUAUAUAUAUAUAUAUAUGUAUAUCUGCCUAUAUGAUCCCUAGAGACUUGGGGUAGGACUGGUAAUGGCACCAUCCAUGGUUCUAAGAUUUGGAAUUCAUUCAAACAUCCCUUCCUUCUGUAUAUCACAUUUAGAAGCACAUCUUAUGGCACGCUUGUCCAUUAAUGAUAUAAUAAUUUAAUUGCCCCCCCUCAUAAAAAAGUGUAUGUGUUAGUAAGUAAAGUGGAAUGUUUAAUAGCUUUAUGCACUGAAUCUACUGACUUCACAUGCAAAGGAUAACGGCACCCCGGUGUGGCCAGCAGCAUUCUCACUCUGGGCUUCCACAUGUUAGUGCUGGCCACGGGGGUUCCCUCUUAUUACUGUGUCAUUUAGCUUAUGGCCAGCAAAAGUGUCUCCGCUUUCUGUUUUUGUUAUCCUUAUUAUUUAUGACAACUUUCCAUCACUGAUUUACUUUGGGAGCCCUGGCUCUAUGUAAGGAAAACACAAUGAGGUCACCGCUCCCUGCCUGUUGUACUGUUGGGCUUAUCACUGAGUCAGUCCCAUAAGGGAAAUGUCUCUUAUUAUUCUGCUCUACCGGAUUUAUAUCAUCUGUGUAUAAAGGAGAAUCCAUACAAGGCAAUGGUGUGUACAGCACCCACAGAUGCCCUAGUAAUACUGACACAAGAUCUUACUCGGAAGAGGAAAUCUUUAAUAUAUAAAAAUGUAAAGGUUACAUGGCAAAAGCCCAGUAUUGGCUCAGUCCUGUGAGUGUCCUGUCGCUCAUGUACGGCUCCUGUUCACAUCAGCAUCAGCACUCACACAAGCAAGGACAAUGCCAGUUUCCUAUAAAUAAUAAUAAUGACCAUUUUCUGUAUUUAUUUAUAAUGCUUGUCUUGCCUUCACACUUCUCUUUACUUUUAUUUAAGUAUUUAUAAGCGAAUUGAAGCCAGCUUUGUUUUUCUGCUCAGAUAAUGUGUAGAAUUGUGCCUUUUUGUCUCAAUGUAAAUAAAUGCUGUACAUUUUGCUAUAC